UCGUCGUCUUGUUUGUUUUGAGGUAUAUUUUUUUUUUUUGGUUGUAUUUUAGUUUGUUCAUACUUUUUGUGUUUAACACUGUCUAUUUUCUUUCAUUUUUGUGGAAAAAAUAUAUUAGAUGGGUGCAACAGGUCUCAAUGUUGAUUCUAACAUUGAACUUGAAGAUGACCCAAUUCCCGUUGAAGAAACUCCUCUUGUUGACAAGAGGAAAUCUAAGAAACCCAUAGCGCUGACGUCUCCGUUUAUGGAGUAUGACUCUUCCAUUUCUAGUUCUAAAGAUGGUUCUGGUUAUGGAGUUGUUAAGUAUGUGGCUGGGUUGUGUCCUCUCGAUGAUAAGAUUGGUGAAGAUGUAGAACAUAAAGACGAGAUUGAUUUUGACUUGUGGCUUGGUGAAGGACGCCGAUCGAAGAAAGAUCCGCAUGAUAAGGAGAAGGUUUACUUGAAGGGUAAGGAUAAGAUUGUUCCCCCUUUUCGUUUUGGCGUGGAAGAUGUUGCAACGAAGAUGUGGUUCCACAAGCUUGCAUAUCCUGGCCAAUGUUUGACUAAUUCUGUAAGUUAAUUUAUUUUUUCUUUUGAUUUUUUUCAAAAAUUUCAGUCUAUAGUUUUCUUCAUGUUGUUUGUUGGUUGUUUUUUAGUUGUUGAAAUAUAAUUCAUUUUCUGAUUUUCGAACAUUUCUCAUUUUUUAUUGUUCAGCAUCUGGACAUCAUUUUUUACUAUCUACGUAAAAAAGGAAAGUAUGCAAAGGAGCCAAAGGUUAAGUUCACAACCACCGAUUGCUUAUUCUUCAAAACCAUUCAUGCUCUGUAUGAAAAAUUUAUUGCACAGAAAAAAAAUCUU